UAACUUUUACUUCCGGAUACACCGCUGUGACUUCCGUGUUGUUAACAAGCUACGACUGGUCGGUUUCGAGGCCCGGUUUAUUAACAUGAAAGUUUUUAAAACUGUCAGCAACCGACGGGAUUAUCGUUAAUACGGCCCACUGAUACAUUUCAUUCAGUUCUCAGAUUUAAGAUCACAUACAGGACACCCUGGAUGGCCCAGCUGAUAACAGCUAACAUCCUUUGGGCCAUAUUGUGAAACGUUAGUUUGCAAUGGCCAGUCACUUCCGCAGCUACAUCUGGGACCCUGUCCUCAUUGUGAGUCAGAUUGUGUUGAUGCAGUGCAUCUACUACAGCUUCCUGGGCCUGUGGUUAGCUGGAGUAGACAGUCUGGUGCACACCAAUCGGUCACUGGAUCAGAUCUUCAGCUAUGAUCAUCUUGGUUUUGCAUCGAUACAGGGCAGGCUUUCAAUGAUGGCAUUCAUCUUGAACUCUCUUACCUGCGCCCUUGGCCUGUGGUUCUUCAUCCGUCGGGGGAAACAGUGCCUGGACUUCACUGUCACCGUGCACUUCUUCCAUAUGAUUGGCUGCUGGAUUUAUAAUUCACACCUUCCAGCGGCCCUGUCCUGGUGGCUCGUCAAUAUAGCCUGCAUGGCGUUGAUGGCUGUAAUCGGAGAGUACCUGUGCAUGCGGACUGAGCUCAGGGCCAUUCCAGUCAACAGUGGACCCAAAUCUAACCUGUGAUUUUUCUGGACACCACGCUUUGUGGAUGCUUGACCCCUGAGGAACUUGCUCGGAAAAUGUUUUUCACAAAUGGUGCAUGAACCUUCAUCAUCAAGAUGUUGGAUGUCACCCGUCUCUUCUUCAAGUGAUUCACCAGAUAAACUGAUCUAUUUAUUCAUGGCUGUCUGCUAAAUGUUUACAGUAUUAACUCUGUAGCAUAUUAAGAUGUAUUGCUUAUAAAAGCAGACAGUUUUCUCUGAAACUAAUGACUCUACAUUUUAUUCCUAGUGUUUCCUUUUUUGUUUCCAUUUGAAGUACAUCAGCAUGAGCAUCUAAUUUGCUCAUUUUAAGAUUUGCGAUAUUCCUUCUUUUUUCUGUGUAUGUGCACAUUGUAAAAAAGGACUAAUUUAAACAACUGAUAAAAAUGCAAGUGAAUAGCAACGACAGGUUCCUCUCUUUGUGUUGAUGUGAUAACAGGCUAACAAACUUGGCCAUCAUGUUAAAGGAUAUUGUGGUCUUAAAAUGCAAUUGUUCCAGGUCUUGUAUCACUGCAAUUGAGGGAUGCAUGUGUGCAAAAUUACCCACUUUAUUAUGUUUUCUUACAGCUGUAUUUAUCUGCAGAAACGGAUACAUUUCCCCACCUGAGUUAGUUUUGGUGCUGCUGGAUUGCUUUCUUUUUCCACAGAGCGACUAACAAUGCAGGACACACUACAUUUGAUUGCUAAUAAACUGCGUGGUUGGUUUAGUGGA